UGAGGAGCCAAUGGAGUGACAAAUCUUCAAACGGAACACCAGCAGUUUAUUGAGGGAGAGACUUUCAAACUGGGAAGAUAUCCCCAGAUCGUACAUCCUCACAUCUGCUGACAAGGUCUAUUACUGUGGAGACUCCACCAUGUCCCACCUGGAUGCCAGGCCCACAUGAAAGUAGUCUGUUCUGGCUUUGACACAUCCAAGAGACUGCUCCCUCAAUCUGUAGCUGAAGAUAUCAUGGUGGGAUUAAGGGUGACACCAUGCAGACAGAUGGCCACGUUCUAUUCUGUCACUCAUAGCUUGAGAUGAGUGCAAUGGAACUGCCUCAUCACAUUGGGGACCUGUUCCCCUGGAAUAUGUCCCUUUUUGCCUACAUGUUACCUGGGAAUUCCAGUCGCUGGGAGCUUCCAGUCUUCUCCAGCAGUGUCCUCUUGUCUACCCAUGAACCUGGAACCAUUGCUUUGGUGGUGAUGUACUCCAUCUCCAUUCUGGUGGGUUUGGUGGGCAAUAUCAUGGCUUUGAGGGUCUUGGGGUCCCGUAGGAGAAGAGGCUGUGGAUUCUCUAGAGUUUCAGGGACCAGAAAUCUUCUGUUUAACCUGGCGGUGUGUGACAUGAUGGUCAUCUGCAUCUGCAUGCCCAUAAAUCUUGGCCACCAGGUGCACAACGCUUGGGUGUUUGGAGAUUUCUUGUGCAGAGCUGUGCCCUUUGUCCAAGCAGUCUCUGUCUCGGCCAGUGUCCUCACCUUGGCUUUCAUCAGCUUGAACAGAUAUUACAGUGUCCACAAUCCACUACAUGCCAGGUCCUUCUUCACCACCAGAAAGAUAGUCCUCAUGAUCUGCCUGGUCUGGUUGUCCUCCUCCUGUCUCUGUAUCCCUCUGAUAUUCAUGAAUAAAACCCAGAACCUGGUCCUUCUCCCUGGAAAACUGGCACUUAUAGUCUGUACUGAGAGCUGGCCAAGUCUUCACAUGAAGCUGGUCUAUAAUUUCUUGCUUUUCUGUGCACUCUAUGGAUUCCCGGUUUUAUUCAACCUUUUAAUCUGCUUCCUCACCAGCCGUAAGCUUUGGGGCUCAGGGGACUCUGUGAUUGACCACAACAACUGGUCCAUGUCAGAUUCAAGGCUCAAAGUCAGGAGGAAAAUUGCCAAGAUGGUGGUGGCACUGGUUCUCCUGUUUACUGUGUCCUGGCUCCCUCUAUAUGCUCUGGACAUCUGGAUAGACAUCAACAUGACCCAUAUUUCCACCGGUGAAGUCUUGGAUGAGCCAAAACAUGAAUGGAUUCUUCAGGCUAGACCAUUCGCCCAGUGGCUUGGACUCACUAACUCCACACUUAACCCUUUGUGUUAUUGCUUUGUUGGCAAUCUGUACAGGUCUGCAAAAAGGUUUAGGAACAGCUACAGAGAGAAACUGGCUUCUGUCUUUAGUCAGUCUCUGACCCAAACUCCAGGCAGCCUUCGUGGACACUCACUGCUACAUUAUAGUGCUUCCAGAGACCACCUUACAUCUCAUUUCAGUAGAGGCAGAGUUUGCAAAAGGUUUGAACCCAUCAAGAAGAAGAAAAGUCCUUUAUCAACCGCCGUCUGUGAGGACAACCCUGGCUUCUUCCUACCUCCACCCAUGGGACAGUAA